AUUGGCUGCAGGAGAGAAGCUGUAGCAGGCAGUGGUGCCUGGGGCCGGCCCAGGCAUGUACACAGAGCCUGAGCUGGGCAGAACAAGCCAGUGGCAGCCCCCAGAUGCUCCCGUGAGCUGAAGCAAAGGGAUCUUUAUGCCUUUCACAAGGAAGCUCAUUCUGCAAGGCUGAGGAAACAAAGGGACGAACUGUGUGUCAGUCUAGUCCAGACGUCUCAAACCAACAGUUCCCUGCAGCCCUUUGGGGACGGCAUGGUGCCCUUCUCACUUCUGAGGUCCCGUCUUCCCUCUGCCCUAAGGAGUCUACCAAAGGCAGCACACAUCAGAAACACAGCCAUCAUGACUAAAGGACUCCAACCAGCUAGUGUGGUGGUCCUACCCAGAUCCCUAGCACCAGCCUUUGAAAGCUUCUGCCGGGCCAAUCCUGGUCCUCUUCCCCUGCUGGGCCAGAGUGAGCCGGAGAAGGUGCUGCCCUGCCUGAGUGCUGUUCCAGACAGAAGGACCAUCUGUCCACAGUUUCAGAAAUACGAGUUUGGCAUCCGCACAGGCAUCCUGGCCUCACUGGAAGAGUACUCAGAGCAGCUGAAGGACAUGGUCACCUUCAUCAUGGACGGUAGCUUCUCCAUAGAUGAGGCCUUGGAGCAGGCAGGGAUUCCCAAAAGAGACCCAGCAGGACCCAGCCACGUAGGAGCAUACAAGACAACAGUGCCGUGUGCCACCAUUGCUGGCUUCUGCUGCCCUCUGGUGGUCACAAUGAGACCCAUUCCCAAGGGCAAGCUAGAAAGGCUGUUGCAGGCCGCUCACUCCAUCGGAGGACAGAAAGGACAACCGAUCCACAUCGGCGACCCAGAACUUUUGGGAAUCAAAGAACUUUCCAAGCCUGACUAUGGGAAUUACGUGGAGUGUCGGCCCGAGGACGUCCCAGUGUUCUGGCCUUCACAGCUGACCAGCCUGGAAGCAGUCAUCAGUUGCAAGGCUCCGCUGGCUUUCACCAGCACCCGAGGCUGCACGGUGAAGAUCCUGAAGGACACUGUGUCCCCAGUCAAUUGUCCGACUCCUGAGGUGGUUCCAGAAGCCCAUGCCAUUUCCAAAGACCCUUUGCAUUACAGCAUAGUGUCAGCUGCUGCGGUUCAAAAGAUCAGAGGGCUGGAGUCCACGAUUGCCAUAGACCCAGGGAAUCGGGGGAUCGGGCACCUGCUACACCAAGAUGAGCUGCUGCGGGCUACGCUGGCACUGUCUCACGCCCGCUCCAUACUGGUCACCACUGGGUUCCCCACACAUGUCAACCAUGAGCCCCCAGAGGAGACAGACGGCCCGCCGGGAGCCAUUGCUUUAGCCGCCUUCCUUCAGGCUCUGGGGAAGGAGACCUCCAUGGUGGUAGAUCAGAGAGCCUUGAGCUUGCAUACGAAGCUCGUUGAAGAAGCAGUUAGGCAAGGUGUUCUGCCGACACCAAUCCCGAUAUUAACCUACCGAGGUGGAUCAGUGGAAGAUGCUCAGGCAUUCCUGUGCAAAGAUGGGGACCCUAAGUCUCCUAGAUUUGACCACCUGGUGGCCAUAGAGCGUGCGGGAAGGGCUGCUGACGGCAGUUACUACAACGCCAGGAAGAUGAACAUCAAACACUUAGUUGACCCCAUCGAUGACCUUUUCCUUGCCGCACAAAAGAUUCCUGGAAUCUCAUCCACUGGAGUGGGUGAUGGAGGCAAUGAGCUUGGGAUGGGCAAGGUCAAGGAGGCCGUGAAGAAGUACAUAAGAAACGGAGAUGUCAUCGCCUGUGAUGUGGAAGCCGACUUUGCUGUCAUUGCUGGUGUUUCUAACUGGGGAGGCUAUGCCCUGGCCUGUGCACUAUACAUUCUAAACUCAUGUGAUGUCCAUGAGCGUUACCUGAGGAGGGCGAUUGGGCCUUCCAGGGUAGCUGGGGAGCAGAGCUGGACUCAGGCCCUGCCAUCUGUAGUUAAGGAAGAAAAAAUGCUGGGCAUCCUGGUCCAGAACCAAGUCCGGAGUGGAAUCUCAGGCAUUGUGGGCAUGGAAGUAGACGGACUGCCUUUCUCCGGUGUUCAUGAUGAGAUGAUCCAGAAGCUGGUGGAUGCCACUACAGAGCACAAGUGACCAGCAUGCUGUUUGUGUGCCAGCUUCCUACCCAGUGGUCAUCCUGUGUCUAGGCAGGAGUACCAGAGCCAUUUCUCUCACCAUCCCUCAUCCUGGCUUCUUCAAGCCACCCUUGUGUCUGCUCUGAGAAUCUUUCUGCCUGCUACUUAAGAAAUAAUUCAUCAACAGUUAACUGUAGAGCAGAGCAUAAGAACAGGCAUUGCCAUGACCUGGGCUAAUUAAAGAGGCUAGAGUGCCCACACCCACACAUGAAGUGUUGGGUUAAAACACUGGGACUUUGUACUCACCAUGACUAACAAAAUGCGUAUACCUUUGAAAAGCAUUCUUUUUCUAACGGCAUUCCAUUUACUGUUUGAAGGGGAUCUCCCACAAGGUCCCUCGGGGCAUUGCGCCCAUUGUCCCUCAGUUCUAUUCACUCCUUCUUACACAACCCUCCCAUCUGCUUACUCUGAACCCUAGCCAGAUUCUGUGCCUUCUUUGUGUGGGAAGAAAUCCAUAUUUGCCAGUAGAGCUCAAAGGCGAGCCAGACCUGCUCGGGGAUCAGGCAGACCUCAGAGUUCAUCCUGAUCUUUCACAACCUUCAACCCAACACUUCUCAGCAAAAGCAGAAACUGAGCCACUGACCAUUCCCUGGUAUAUGCUCUGCCCUGGCAUCAGGAUGACAACUUGUGUGGGAUCUGA